GAGAGUUCAAGGAGUGCACUAUAUUGUUCAGCGAUGUUGUGACCUUUACCAACAUUUGUGCCCAAUGUGAGCCUAUUCAGAUAGUUCUCAUGUUAAAUUCAAUGUACCUGCGAUUCGACAGACUGACCACGGUGCAUGAUGUGUACAAGGUGGAGACAAUUGGAGAUGCCUAUAUGGUAGUAGGUGGGGUCCCUGUGCCUGUACCCACUCACGCUGAGCGAGUUGCUAACUUUGCCUUGGGGAUGAUCAUGGCAGCUAAAGAAGUACAGAAUCCAGUUUCUGGAAAUCCUAUCCAAAUUAGAGUUGGGAUCCAUACAGGUCCUGUCUUGGCUGGAGUCGUUGGAGAAAAGAUGCCUCGUUAUUGCUUGUUUGGAGACACGGUGAAUAUAGCUUCCCGGAUGGAAAGUCAUGGUGUCCCGAGUAAAAUUCAUCUAAGCUCCAGUGCCUAUCAAUGCCUAAAAUACAAGAAUUUUGAGAUGACUGAAAGAGGAGAAAUAGAAGUAAAAGGCAAAGGGAAAAUGCACACGUACUUCCUCAUUAGAAAUAAAACUGCAACUGAGAAUGAGAUUAUGGGAAGGCCAAUGAAGGACUUAGAUUCUGGCCAUGAAUCUGUUCAGUCCUUUCAAGAAGGAAGGACUGAAACAAUACUAGGUUAUCAUCAGCCAGUUACUCGGACUCAGCCAGAGAAGGACCAGACCCCAGCCAUUGCAAUGAAGUAUAUCGAUGGCCCCACCGAUGCACAAAACAGCCUCAAAAGAAGAAAUCAGCCGAAAAUUGCGGAUUUAACAGGCAAAACUUAUGAUUCCAAAAGCGAUGGGAGUCUCCAUGGCAACCAGCAUGCAGAUGAUGGUCCCUGUCCUCUAAACCGGGGAAGAGUCAAACCUGCUACUGAAGAGCCACAGAUUAGAAAUGUUCGCUCUAAUUUUUGCACUUUACUCUAA